AACCUAGCUUUUAAUAUCCUCUCGUUGAAUGAACACGUUAAAACCAAAGGUCAUUCAAUACGAAUAAAAUAGAAUAACCAUUUCAACGAGGGUUUCAUUGAAUUGGAUACUGGGUUCAACUUGGCAAGUGUGUGCCCAAUAGAUCCCAUCGGCCCUAGGAUCUGUCUGUGUGUGUCUGUUGCACCAGCAGCAGCACUUCCGCUCUCCGAGAGGCGAAAGGCACGCGUCCAGGCGACGGAGGCACUCGCGGACACAAAGAGAAGCCCAUAGGAUCGGUAUGUCUGAUGAAGAUUCGCGUGCCAGCACAAGCUCUUCGUCUUCCUUCUCGUCGUCAACUCUAGAGAUAAGCACCCCCAAGAAACGAGAAAGCAAAGCCAGCAUGAGCAAGACUUCCAAACUCCUGUCGACCAGCGCGAAAAGGAUCCAGAAGGAGUUGGCGGACAUUACGUUGGACCCGCCGCCUAACUGCAGCGCUGGUCCAAAAGGGGACAACAUCUAUGAGUGGCGCUCCACCAUCCUGGGCCCCCCGGGCUCGGUGUACGAAGGGGGGGUCUUCUUCCUGGACAUCGCCUUCACGCCAGACUACCCCUUCAAACCCCCCAAGGUGACGUUCCGCACCAGGAUCUACCACUGCAACAUCAACAGCCAGGGGGUGAUCUGUCUGGACAUCCUGAAGGACAACUGGAGUCCCGCCCUCACCAUCUCCAAGGUCCUGCUGUCCAUCUGCUCUCUGCUCACCGACUGCAACCCCGCUGACCCGCUGGUGGGAAGCAUCGCGACACAGUACACCACAAACCGACCGGAGCACGACAGAAUAGCCAAACAGUGGACCAAGCGCUACGCAACAUAGUGCCCGAGAUGGGGGGGGGGGGGGGG